AUGUCACACAAUCAUUCAUCUUCGCAAAAUUCAAAAAGCACCGGUUCCUCGCUGCCCCACAGACAGCACAGUGUCAGAAACAUGAAUCCAAACGUUCAGGCAAAGUUAGUGGCCUUUCAGACACAGAGGCGGCAGAGAAUGGAGGAGCAGCAUCGCUACCAAUCAGAAUCUUAUGAUGAUUCUCCACCUGUCUCAUCAGCAGCAAACACAAUGUCAAGAAAUUCCAGUUUGCUGCGAUCCCCUUACGGAUCGGCAUCCAAGACCAAUUCACAAAGAGAUUCAGACCACCUCGUCGAUUCCAAGUCGCCCUCCCUCACAGGUUCAACAUUUGACUCGUGUUCCUUCACUGACUCUGAUUCCGACUCGUGUCUGGAUUCUGAUUCAUGUGAGAAUUCAAAUUUGGACCCGGCCUCUGACUCUGACUCCAGAAUAACCCAAAGGCCCGCCAUGCGACUGCGAAGAGCCAGUCAGGCCAACCAUACUCCAGCAAUUGGCUCUGUUGGUCUUUUCACCUCCAAUCCUCGCAACAGAUCACUUUCCAGUCCGUUGAUGGUGUCCAAUCCGCAAAUGUUCAGCCCUUCACUAAUGGAAAACAAGCAGAAGGCCUCCAAAUCGGAGUGCAGGGACCGCUUUGGCAGGCUUAGAACUGGCCUGGAUUCGGUAAAGCACUCGCGAACUGCCUGUUCAUCUUCUUCAACACCUUCUUCCGGCUCCUCGAGGCCGAAACGCUCUCUAUCUGAACGUAGAGGCAUGAAGUUGGACCUCAGCUCGUUGCAUUUGACAACAGUCAAGGACGGAAAAGGUAUCGGCAGUGCGCCAACCACGAAGACAGACAAUGGUGUGUCUUUUUCUCCCAGGUUGAGAUUUGCGAACUUCAACAGUAACGAUAAUGAUAAUGACGGUAACAAUGGCGACGGCACCAACGAUAAAGGUGAUAACAAUGAUAAGGGCCGCAGUAAUAACAGAAAUAACAUUAAUAAUAGCAAUACCAAAGGCAUAAGCACCACCAGCAGCAAUAUCAUUGCAAGCUUGGGGCUCAACCUAGAUUCAGGCUUGCGGACAAUGCCCGCCGUCCCAAAUAUGGCUCUUACACCAGAUGCAAAUGAGGACUUUAGACGAUCGUCAACUGCAGAGUCGUUAAACUCGCAGGACUCUUUAAAAACGCCAGAUUCGUGUAAGCAAUUGUGGAAUCCGGUGGAACAAGUGGCUGAGGACGAUGAUGUACAGUAUCAGCCGCAAGGCUUGUUUGCUCCCUUUGCCAAGUAUGUCGAUAUCAAGUCCGGUUCGUUGAACUUUGCGGGAAAAGCGUCUGUGCAUGCCAAAGGAAUUGAUUUUUCGAACGGAUCUUCGUUUAGAAUCUCGAUGGAUGACCUUGAGAUUCUUGGGGAGUUGGGCAGAGGAAACUAUGGGUUAGUUUCCAAGGUGUUGCACAAGCCUACAGGUGUAAUUAUGGCAAUGAAGGAGGUCCGGCUGGAAUUAGACGACUCGAAGUUCCGCCAGAUUCUAAUGGAGUUGGAAGUUCUGCACAAUUGCGACAGUAACUGCAUCGUCGAGUUUUACGGUGCGUUCUUCGUCGAAGGUGCCGUUUAUAUGUGCAUGGAAUACAUGCAAGGAGGUUCCUUGGAUAGAAUUUACGAUGGUGGAGUUCCUGAACUACAACUUCGAUACAUCACCAGACAGGUGGUCCAUGGCUUGAAGCAGCUAAAAGAUGAUCAUAACAUCAUACACCGUGAUGUGAAACCCACAAAUAUAUUGGUCAACCGGCAGGGUGAGGUAAAAUUGUGCGAUUUCGGUGUCAGUGGAAAUUUGGUCGCAUCUUUGGCCAAGACCAACAUCGGAUGCCAGUCUUAUAUGGCUCCAGAAAGAAUAAAGGCUCCUGCCAAAGGUGCAAGCACAUAUUCUGUCCAAUCAGAUGUCUGGUCGCUGGGUUUAUCCAUAUUGGAAAUUGCCAUGGGCAGAUAUCCUUAUCCUCCCGAGACCUCUGCCAACAUCUUUUCACAAUUAAGCGCUAUAGUCGAAGGUGAGCCACCUGAGCUUCCAAAGAAGUUGUUUUCUAAGCAAGGCCGCCAGUUCGUGAAACGCUGUUUACGUAAAGACCCAAAGACUCGUCCUACAUAUGCCCAAAUGCUUGAUGAUCCUUGGCUGACAGACUUUGAUGUAGGUCUGGGCCAACGUAAAAUGGCCCAACUUGUUGCUGAGAGGCUGACAAAACGUUCUGAAAAGGGUACAAGCUCUCAAAACGAUAGAACUCCUGCUUUGCAUCGUGUUGACCUCAAGUUUUUGGGCAAGAAGCACAAGAAAUGA